AGUUCAGUUCAAAGUCCGGGCAGCCGGCAGCCCCCUCGACCGGCCCAGCCGGAUGUCGCUGGGCCCAUGAGAGGGGCGCGAUGUCCGAGGUCGACGGCGCCCUCGACGGCACUCUCGGCGGGGCAGCAGCACUGCCUGUGCUGCAGCAGCUGCACUCCGCUGCGGGUGAUGCGCAGCAGAUCACCAGGCUGGUGCGGGAGGCCGAGCGCUCCCUCCACGAGAGCCUGCACGCCCUGGCCGAGGUGUACGGCGUCGCGGUGGACGUCUACGGGCACGCGCAGAGCGCGCAGGACUACGACUUCCGGGACCUCUGCGUGAAGCAGAUGCGGGCGCUCUGCCGCCUGAACCCGACGGAGGCCCGCGAGUUCCACAACCGGCUGCGCACGCAGAGUGCCGGGCGGGCAGACGCGCGCAUCUACGAGGCGAGGGCGGCCAUGGAGGAGCGGCUCGGAGACUCGGCGAAGGCGGUGAAGAUGCUCCAGGAGGGGAUCCGUGUGGGAGCGCAGCCUGCGGAGGCCGCCC